GCCGCCCCACCGUCGCCGCACACCACCAACCCAUAUCACCGCCUCCGCUACCUCUCCGCCGCCUCAGCUUCCCGGGCCCACCUCCUCAAACAUCAUAACCCAUCCAAAAACCCCGCCUCUGCCACCACCACCGUCGCCGUCAGGUCGCUGCUCUCCCCUCAAUCCUACGGCGGCUACACCGUCUCCCUCGGCUUCGGCACUCCGCCGCAGAACCUCUCCUUCCUCCUUGACACCGCUCUGGCUCCCCUGCACCCGUCGCUACUCCUGCGCUUCGUGCGCCGCUGCCGCCGCGGGCCCAGUCGCCACCUUCCUCCCGGAGCUCUCAUCCACAGCCAGGCGCCUCAAUUUCCUGAAUCUCUAAGUGCGGCUGAUCCAGUACGGCUCCGGAUCGACGUCCGGGUCCUUCCUGUCAGAAACCCCCAAUUUUCCCGACCCCACACCCCUUUCCGGAAAAUCACCGGCACCCAAAACCCAACUUACGAGCAAUUCUACUACGUGACGCUAAGGAAAAUCUGGGUCGGUGGGGCCGACGUCCAGGCUCCGUACGAGUAUUUGGUGCCUGACUCUGCCGGAAAUGGCGGCACCAUCGUGGAUUCCGGCACGACCUUCACGUUCAUGGAGGGCCCGAUUUUCGAGCUCGUGGCCCGUGAGUUCGAAAGGCAGAAUUAUAGUCGGGCGGCGGAGGCCAAGGCGAAGUCGGGCGGCGGAGGCCAAGGCGAAGCCGGGCGUCAGGCCGUGUUUUCGGGUUUUCGACGAGUCCUUGGAGGUUUUGCUGCGGGAGGGGCGGAGCUCGUGCUUCCGGUGGAGAAUUACUUCUCGUUCGUGGAGGAGUCGGUGGCUUUUUUGACGAUCAACACGGACAGUGGUGGUGAUGGCGGGCCGGGCUCGACGAUAAUAUUGGGUAAGUAUCAAAUGCAAAAUGUGUACAUGGAGUUUGAUUUGGAGAAUGAGAGGCUUGGAUGGAAUACACAAAGGGUGAGAGAUUUAAUUGCACAGGAGGAUUGUGAUGCUAUUCUGCAAAUUCAGGGAAUUGAUUUA